CGUCCCCGCUGCUCUUCACCGCUCCUCAGCUGCACGCCGUCCGCGAGCACAGGACCGGGACCAGGACCGGGACCAGGACCGAGGAGACCCCCGACAUGACAGACACACUAGCUCCGCCCCCUGUUCCACCACUGACCAAUAGGCCCCCUGGAUCCUCUCGAUCACUGUCCAAUCACCGCAGCCGUGCAGACGUGACGGAGCUGCAGCAGAAGGAGUGCCGGGUGCAGCAGCAGCUGCAGCGUCAGUCUGAGGAGCGAGGGAGGAGGAUGGAGGAGCAGAGGAAGAAGGAGACGCAGCGCCAGGCCGCCGCCGGGGAGAGGAGGCGCCAGCAGCAGGAGGCGGAAAAGGAGAGGCUGGAGGCCCUGGUGCGCCGGAGAGCCGGGACCGGAGAGAGGCGGGGAGGAGCGGGAGGGGAGGCCCGGGACCACCUGGAUAACAGGCCCAAGCGCUGGACGUGGGGAGGACCGCCUGACGGAGCAGAGGGUAACCCUCUGACCCCGCCCCGCCACGCCAUUGGCUCCUCUCAGCCCAAUGAGCCUCCUGCUUCCAGUGCAAGCCAAUCCUGUAACGUUGUGGAUUUUCUGGUUCCGCCCACAAUGGAUCAGCCAAUGAACAAGCAGCUCUCCAACUCAUCAGCCGCACUGCACUCCACUGACAGAGCUUCUUCCAGAAACAACAGAAGCUCCUCAAAUCGCAGAAGUGUUGCAGGACUUCCUGAAGAGGGCAGCAGAGCCCGAUCAGCCACGCUGGAGUCUCCAAACACUCCUGUACGCAGUUCUUCCUUCAGGGCCAACAGUAAGGGCCCUGCUACUCCCAAGAGAGUCAGGUCCAAUAAGAACCGUGUCCAGUCCCCGUGCUCACCCGGACAGUUCCCGUCCUCGCCGGUCCGGCACAGAGCCACCACACCCGGCACCGAGGAGGUCAAAGGUCACAGCACCCUGGAGAGGAAAAGCACCAAGAGUGAGAGCUCUGAGAAGAAGAUCCCCAAAUCCAGCAGCAGGGAACUGACAGCAGAGUCUCCGUGCACGCCCACGGGCCGCGGCCUUGCCGGGACGACGGACGCGGAGGAGGCGUCCCGGCUGCUGGCGGAGAGACGGCGUCUGGCUCGGAUCCAGAAGGAGCAGGAGGAGAAGCAGCGGCAGGAGGACGAGAGGCUGAGAGCCGAGGAGGAGCAGAGGAGGCGUGAGGAGGCGGCCCGGCAGCAGGAGGCGGCGGCCCGGCAGGCGGAGGAGGAGCGAGUCCGGAGGGACGAGGACAGGAGGAGCAGGGAGGACGAGGAGCGCCGGAUGAAGGAGCAGCGCUGGAAGAGCAUGCAGGACCAGCUGGACAGGGAGAGGGAGGAGGCCUUCCUCCGAGCUCAGAAGGAGGCUGAGAGGAAGAGACAGGAGCGAGAACAGCUCCACCUGCAGGAGGAGCAGGAGAGACAGCAGAGGAAGAAGAGGAUUGAAGAGAUCAUGAAGAGAACGAGAAAGAGUGACGUGGAGCCGCCUACUGCUGCCUCUGGGUCUGAUCUGGGAGCGCCCCCCUCUGAAGAGGACUCCUCCAUCCUGCUGGGUCCCCUGGAGACGAAGAGCUGUGUGGACGAGCUGUCGGACGGCGUGCAGUCGAUGGACGUCAGCCCAGUGUCACGGGAUGAGCAGCCCAGCGCCCACGAGUUCUCCCCCGUCACCGAGGGGAUGGACGGCUGUCCGCUGGACCAGCUGAUGGACGUGGACGCUCCGGGACGAGGACUCACACCCGCUUACCCCCGACUGCAGGCCGGCAACGCCGUGGGAGACCUCAACAAGAACCUGCUGAUCCACGGAUACAACGCCGCAGAACCUGCACAGCUCAUCCACAGUGUGGGGCCCAGCAAGAUAGACCUCCAGUGACCAGGAGCUUCCGGCUCACAACUCAACAAGCGUCCCUCCAGUGAGGAUCCACUGCUCCGCUGCAGUCUGACUCCCUCAGACACCAUGCCGUGACAUCAUCGCACAC